AUGUAUCCCAUCAAUUAUAGAGAAGAUGCCAACAGAAAAGAACUUGGAAAGGAUUUGGAGACCAUCGCUUCUCUAGUCCGCACUGUCGAAGAGACCCCUGAUCCAAUCCCUGCUGAGGUAGAAGGGACCAUUCCUACUUGGCUCAACGGCAGCCUGCUCCGAAAUGGCCCUGCAAAGUUUGAGUUUGGAGACACUCACUACAACCACUGGUUUGAUGGGAUGGCCUUGCUCCACAAGUUCAAAAUAGAGAAAGGCCAGGUAACGUACAUGAGUCGUUUUCUGCGCAGCGAUGCCUACAAAAAGAAUAGCGAACGGAACCGUAUCAUGGUGUCAGAAAUUGGUACUGUCAGCAUGGAUGACCCUUGUAAAAGCAUCUUCCAGCGAUUUUUCACUCGAUUUGAGAUGAUAAAGCCGACAGACAACGGCAAUGUCAACAUUGUGAAAUACAAGGGAGACUACUACCUUUGCACAGAAACCAACCUGAUACACAGAGUUAACCCAGAGAACCUAGAAACAAUGGAACAGGUGGACUGGAGCACAUUUGUUGCUGUUAAUGCAGUGUCUGCCCACCCUCACUACGACCCUGAUGGGACCAGCUUCAAUAUGGGCAAUUCUGUUGGAGGAAGAGGCGCCACAUACAACAUCAUCCGUGUACCUCCCGAAAAGGAGGAUGCUGAAGACACUCUGAAAGGGGCUAAAAUUCUCUGUUCCAUUACACCUGUAAACAAGUUCCAACCAUCCUACUACCACAGCUUUGCCAUGUCGAAGAAUUAUGUGGUGUUCAUUGAGCAGCCGGUAAAAAUAGACAUAAUGAAGAUCAUUGCAUGUUUCGUGAAGAGCAAGCCGCUCUGCGAUGCUGUUUACUGGGACCCCAAGCAGAAUACCAUUCUCCAUCUGAUCAACAAGCACACAGGCGAGGUCAGCCCAGUGAAGUACUUCUGCAAACCUUUGGCCAACUUCCAUCAGAUCAACGCCUUUGAAGAGGAUGGAUUCCUGAUGGUGGAUCUGUGUUGCUUUGAUGACGGUCGAGCCCUCGAUAUCUACUUUCUUCAGAAUUUGCGCAAGUCUGGAAAAGCACUGGAUGAGGUAUACAACAGUAUGAGCAGAGCUCUUCCUCGCCGCUAUGUUUUACCCCUCCAUGUCACUGAUGAUACACCGGUUGAUCUAAACCUGAACACCCGCCCUUCCAGUACUGCAACAUGCAUCAAAACCAAGAAAAAUGUGGUGUUCUGCCAACAUGAGGAUCUCCAUGGUGAUGACAUCCACGAGUACGGUGGCCUGGAGUUCCCACACAUAAACUACGAGCAAUACAACACCAAGCCUUAUCGUUAUUUCUAUGGAUGCGGCUUCCGACACCUGUUCGGAGACUCACUUCUCAAGAUGGAUCUCAAGGACAAGACAUUUAAGGUGUGGUACCAGAAGGGUCUCUUCCCAUCGGAGCCUGUAUUUGUGCCCUCACCGAACGCUUUGGAGGAAGACGAUGGCGUCAUACUAUCUGUUGUUCUCUCACCCUCACAGGAUAAAGGCACAUUCGUCCUGGUUUUGAAUGCCAAGACGUUUGAGGAGCUGGGGAGAGCCAAUGUUCCUGUCAACAUGCCCUAUCAUUUCCACGGUGUAUUCCAUGCGUCUGCUUGA